UGGGUCAGGUGCCCUCCGCAGGAAUGUGCCGGAACAGCAGGAUGGAAACUUAGCAACCGUGCGGCGCCAGCGAGAUUUUCGGCGCUUCUUGUCGCCGAAAAAAAAUUCUACACCCCUGCUUCCCUUCCCGGUCACAUAAUUAAGCGGCGAAAAAAAUGGAUGAAAUUCGGAGACGCGACGAUUUGAUUCCCUGAAGGACUUUUCCGCGUCCUCCCCCCCCCCUCCCUCUCUCGGCUCAGUCUUUGGUUGGGGCCUUUCCGUCGAGGCUUUCGUCGGCUUCGAGUUGGUGCUGGCGGAGGAGGGGGCCGGGUGGCUGCUGUGUCGACGCGGGGCUACGCGAGCCCGAGGCUGUACGGCCUGCAGUUCACGCCUCCCUCCUCUCGAUGGCGCAGGAGGAGCGGAUGGAGGUGGACCAGUGCGCGUGCGCGGCGGCCGGCGCGGCAAUGCCGGCAGGCAGUGGGGGAGGGGCGGUGCUGCGCAGGUCCAACAGCGCCCCUAUGAUCAGCAACAUCAGCGACUCGUCUCCAGUGUUUCAGCCAACCUUGCUCCGGUGCCGGAGGAGCAGUGCCUCAGUAAACCUCAGCUGCCCAAGCUCGUCUUUCCCGCUGUCACCAUUCCGAACCUUCAGCAGCCGGAUUGACCAGAUUAGGCAGGAGGAGAGCAUGGAUGUGAUGAAUCGGGAGACUGCACAUGAAAGAGGGAUCCACACAGCCAUGCAAAUGAGCUGCACACGGGAGGAUGGUUUUACGCUGUGCGACCAGAUGGUGACUGCUGAGCAGGACGACCGGAUUUUGACUCUGCGGAGGGAGGAUAUUUUCCCUCUCUCCCCUUCUCCUUCUCCGACGCGGAUUGGCAAGCAGUACUUCUCAUCAUCCCAGCCGAUUCUGAUACCCAAAGGUGGCGUCACACCCAAUUCCUCUCCAAGUCCCACUCGACGUAUUGCAAGCAGGAGAAGUGUCAGCCCGAGUGUUGCAUUACGACCCAGUGCCUUGGGACCAUUGAAGAGGAAAGGUGACAUGGAAGUGGAUUCACCUCCAAAGAAAUUAUUUGUCAGUGGGGUCCCUGGGAUUGGAAAUGCUGAGACUACUCUGCUAACGCCGUUGCUUUCGCACAGCCUAGAAUGUGUGAUCAACAGCCCCCCCCAGACCGUGCCUCCAUCAGGGCCUUACGUUGCGACAUCACCAUCCGCCACUGAGAUUGGUUUCACUUCGCCAUUCACCUCUGUGGCUCACCCACCUGGAAUGUGAACAAAAAAGACAAUCACCUAUAUUCUAAGAGAUGGGCUACAUAAAGCACUUUGUUAGAGGACACUGUAUAAUAGCAUUCCUAAUCAGUAUUUUAUAGUCAACUGUAUAGUUCAUUAGUGAGAGAAACUUUUUAAGGAUGGUCAGUGAGUAGGGGAACAGAACUCGCUCCUGCCUGUCACUUGGCCUGGAACUGCACAAUCCACGGUUGGAGCUAACCUGACUCUUUGCCAUUUGGGUUCAGACCUAGUGCCUGCCCACUGUAUAUACCACUGUAUGGAUCGCUGUAGAAAAAUUAAGUUGUGAGGUUACAAGAGAGUUGAGGAGCUGCUCCUGCCCUGUGUGUGUGUGUAUGUGUGUGUAUGUGUGUGUGUGUGCACGCACGCCAAUAGGGCUGGAGCCUGUGAUAAGACAAGGUUGAUCAGUGUCAACCAUUACAAGUAUGACUUGACAGAAUGGGAUAAUGUUCUGCAUACAUGACAACCAGAUAUUAUGGAAAGCUGCAGAUGGGGCCAGUCAUUACUCUGAUGGCAAGUGAGCUUUACCAGUGGGAGUAAGGGGGCUCCUGUCUCCUAUCACCCUUUGAAGUCAGCCAUGGUUCUGUCAUGAGCUGAGUGCUGCUGGCUGCAUUGGCAGGAUGUGCAGAAUGUAAUGACACAUAAAGGUGACUUCCACAUGCUUCAAGACAGUGAUUGGCUUCAUGGCUCACUGUUGCUUUAUCAGAUCCAAUUUUUCUGUGAAUUUGGUUCCUGGAUCAUUUAACCAAAAAUUUACAUAUCAUUUGGGUUAAUCUCUGUGUUUGGACUCUUGUCCUGUUGGAGCUGCAUUUAACAAAGGAAAAGAGCAGAUUACAAGGGUUGGACAUAUCACAGUUUAUUGGUGGUAUUGAGAACCAUCAUGUGGGCAUGCAGUCAUUGUAUAGGAUGCAAAUACUUUCAUGACAUACAUUGUGAUUCUUUUGCAGUUUCCUCCUACACAAUUGGAUCCCCAAAUAUUUUUACAUUCAGCUCACAGUGGUUUCCUUGUUGGAACAAUAUCUUAUAUCAAACAAUCUCUCCCGGAACUAACUUUGUUUAUCUCUACCUAACAUGACUCUCUUUUUCUGAGGCAGGAUCUCUCAUUUGCCCAGCAAAGCUUAUGGGAUCCCUUCCUUAAUACAGAAACCACCACCUCUUGUCGUAAAACUGCCUUCUGCUUGGCCCUGACAUUAUACGGGGUGAAUCUGGUGUUGCUGGGUACAAGCUGGGGUGACGGUUCAGUAUUACAGUAUUAUAAAUAUAGCUGUCUGCAUCCAGUGGUUCAGUGCUGACGGUGGGAGCAAUUAAAGGCAGGCCAUGUGGGGAGAGUGAACUGUUGCCAGAUUUGUACGUAAGUGCAGCCCUAUUGUUUUUAACUUUGGAUGUGGUAAUUAUGUAACCGAGGUCCAGGAAAUUUGGAACAUAGCUGACCAAAAACUGCAGUAGAGACUCCUGGAACCAGACAGUUCUGUUCAUGUGGAAGGUGCUUGAAACUGGAAAUUUAAUUCAGUAGGAGAAAGGCAGGAUCCUUUUUUAAGUUGAAUGUAAUAUAGAAGGAGAUUUAAUGCUGAAAUAGAGAUUGAUUGCUUGAGCUUAUCAGGAUGGAUGGAAUUUCUUGGUAAGUCAUGAGCAAGUGGAUCUGUCCGUCUUGUUGAGACCAAAUGGUCACUGCCUUGCAAACCUAAAGAUAAUUGUGUGCAAUGUUUUGGGCUGCAGACGUCUGGAAGACCUGUAGCUUUAUUUUACUUAUUGCUUCUUUUGGAAGGUUAGCUGUUGUGGGUUGCUUCAGCAACUUGUACUAUACUGGUCCCAUCACUUGCUGUGGGGUUCCAAGCUUGGAGCCACUGAAUUUCUGAGGUUGCCAGUCAGAUGCCAGGGAGAUGACUGACGAGCAGUUGAGAAUUUCAAUGAACCCCUCUCGACCCACUCACCAGGCUCCCAUUCCACCCUCUCUGUAAUUUUGUUCUGUAACUAGCUACCUGCUUUUAAUAAACCACCAUUGCCACUAUUUAGAAAGCCGGGAAGUGGAUAGUGCUAGUUUAAUGUUCGGAGUCCUGGAACUUCGGUUGAGCUUUCAUUUUGUUUGUCGACUUUUUCCGGCAGCCCCUCCUGUCUGAGACCAUGUGACUGUUGGCCGGUAGGACCUGCGGGACUCUAGACUUAACAUCAAGUAUUGGCUCGCUUCACUCAUUUCGUACCAAAGCCUUUUAAGAGAAAAAACGUGGAGUAGAUGAGGCUUUUUUUUUAGAAAGGAAGAACUUGAGGUGUGUGAUUGCCUUUGAUGCCCCUCUGUGCUUGGUUUCCAUUUACUUGCUGUUUAACACUGUACAGCAAUUGUGUUAUCAGAUAGUACUGUGUUAUUCCAGUUAACUUGCUGUAACUCAGAAGGGUUAAAAAUGAUUCUUUCCAAUCAUUGGUCUAGAGAACCACUCAGUAGGGAUGACACAAUAUAUGAAGAAAAUAAAUUUACGGUCAUUGGUGCCAAUUUUAUAUUUUUUAUAUAAUAUUUAAUUAUAUAUAUUAUAUAUAUAUAUAUAUAUAUAAUAUAUAUAUGUAUAUAUACAUACAGUGAGAGUUGUCUAACUUCCGGCUAUCCAGAGAGAUCAGUCUUGUCUAUUGUUGACACUCAUAACAUCAUUACAAACAAUAAAUUCAUUGAUUGAGGAUAUGAGUGAGAAUUUCAAAGAGGUCCAACAAGUGUUCGCAGCUGGAAACCGUGCAAAGAAACAAGAGAGGCACAACUCGCUUAACACCAUGGAGCAUGGUAAAGGGUAACUUGGAAUGGAAUUAUUCACAGAGAAUUCUGAGAGACUUUACAAAAAUGUGGAGAUAGGAAAAAGAGAAAAGUGCAUUCCUUGGAUUGGUACCAUUUUGUAAGGAAGACCCAGCUGUCUGAAGUAAGCCUCAGCUGCGAUGGUUAUAAAUGAGUAUUCUUCACACGCCUGCGCCGACGACCCCCCCCCCCCCCCCCGCACAAUGUGUUAAUUGUUUCCUGAGCUUUUUGAAAUGGGGCUUAAGGUGAUCAUGCAAAUUAUUAAACACACACGUUGCUAAAGUGUUUAUGCUGCGACUUAACAGUUUUUUUGAGUUGCUGGCUGUCAAAUCAAAUUGACCUUUUUUCCUGAUUCAACUCCAAAAGCCCAGGUGGCUAAAAAAUAGUUUGUUUGACUGAAGUGUGUGUGUGUGUGUGUGUGUGUCCCUUAGCAACAAUCUUUAAGGAAAAAGUGUUUCUACAGCAUUCAAAAAAUCAGGUACACUGUUACCACAUAAUAUAUGAUAAUUUUAGUAAAAUACUAAUCUAACCCUUGCACUCAAGUGUAGCCUUUAGAUGAAUUAGAGCUAAAGGCCAGGAGAACAAUUGGACUAAGGCGCAUUUUAAAGUCAGACGUCUAUCCUCACAUUUAUGUUUCCAUUAUAAAUUGUUCGUCCACAUUUAAUAACCGCCCAUUUAAACUUGUUAUUCGGUAAUAACACCCCCCUGCCAGUAGUAAUGACUUUUUUUUUUCUUUAUUCUUUCAUGGGAUGUAGGCAUCGCUGGCAAGGCCAGCAUUUGUUGCUCAUACUUAAUCGCCCUGGAACUGAGUAGUUUACUAGGCCAUUUCAGAGGGCAGUUCAUGUGGAUUUGGAGUCACAUGUAGGACAGCCCAGGUAAGGUUAGCAGAUUUCCUUCCCUCAAGGACAUUAGUGAACCAGAUGGAUUUUUAUAACAAUCGAUGAUAAUUCAUGGUCACAAAUACUGAGGCUGGAUUUAUAUUCCAGAUUGCGACGAGUGGGGUGCAGGUAUAAUUAAAGUCUGAUAUGUUUAACACUGGGAGUUGCCAUUAGAAUUGGGUUUAUAGAUUUAUAAUGGGAUGGAUAGUUGAUUGGGAUGUAUGUUUUAGAACCCUUUUCUUAGCUCUGUGGGAUUGAAGUUCAGGUACAGCCCACCUGCACUAGGCAUGGUUGAAAAUCUGUUUGGUCACCUUACCCAAGUUACCAGUGGGUGGAAGUCGAGAGCAGAGUAGCUUUGUUUGUUGGUGGCAUGCUUCAUCAAAGCAUUAGAUUUAUUCAGAGACCAAAAUGAGUUGUAAGGAGCAGGACAAAAAGAAAAUCACGGGGAUUUACAAGGUAUCUUGUACUUUUCUGAUUUACAGAUUGUCCAUUUCAAACUAACCAUCAUAAACUGUAGCACAGAAGGAGGCCAUUCAUCCCAUGAUGUCUGCAUUGGCUCUCUGCAAGAACAAUUCAGCUAGUGCUGCUCCCCUGCCGUUUCCCUGUAACCCUGUAAAUUUUCCCUCUUUGGGUAAGGAUCCAAAUGAAAUAUGAUUGGGAUUUUUUUUUUAAGAUCCUUUGCGAGUUCUCCAAAAUAGUAUUUUGUGAGGAUUGUCGGGUACACUGGCUAUUUGAAAAUAAAAUCUUUUAAAGCUGAAGAAAUCAUUUCAAUAAGCUUGAGCAUCUGAUGAUGCAUCAUGAACAGCCAUGUUCCUUCUGGAGUUUACUUGAUUGUCUCAGGGAGGUAGGGAAGAUUUAUUUCCUCAAUUGGUUAGUUUUUUUGUCAUAACUAACUAAUAGGAAAAGCAAUACGGGGGGCUAAAUGGUCUUCCCAUAUGCUUAUGUGAAAUAAGUGGAAUAAUUUAUUGGUGACAAUAGCUACAUCUAAAACAAGACCCUCUUCAGAACAAUCUGACAGACAGUUCUCAGUGAAGAAUUUGUGAAAUAUGUUGAAAUGUAGGUGAGUACUCCACUUCAUUGCCUCCAUAUGUGUUUCUUUUCCCCCAACUUCAUUCAGUACAGUGACAGGGAAAAUUAUGGGUCUUAGCCCUUAAACAGCCUGACUAGCAGUGGGCACAGUGAAAUGUUUUUUUUUCCCUUAACAAGUGGAAAUGAAUAUGAGAGAGAUAAGUCAGCACUUUGGAGCGACUGGCCAACAGGUUCUUCAGUUGCAGUGUACUGAAUAAUCCUGCAUGGCUUUCUCUUGUGGAGCUUUUACAGUGCAAUGAGUUAAGUAGCACUUAUUCUUUACAAAAAUCCAAGGACCAAUAAUGAUAUGCAAGUUGAUGUGGUCUUUUGUACAUAGCUCUGAUUUGCUCAGUAUGUUAGGUGAUCUCUUUGCUUGGAAAGCCAAUCAUUGGCAUUGUGUCUAAGGGACCCAGGUGGUGACAUGGGGUACCCAAGUUCCAAAUUUCCAUGGUACAGCCUGUUCUGGUUGAGUCCCAUUCCAAUUAAGUGGAUGGGAUUCAUGUCUUUGAAGAUUUUAGAUUUGGCAUGUGGCCAUGCAUCUAACAUCAAUAGCUAAUGCAGUGAGCAUGAUUGGGGAGUUCUGGAGUUUUAUUCUGCGUUUGCAUAGUUCUGAUAACCAUUUGGAAAACAGAUUAAUUUAUUGGAUAAGGGUGUUACCUGCUGUAAGUAUGGCACCUCAUAGACCAGAUUGAGUUAGCAGUCAAGUUGGCUUCAGCAUCCUUAGUCUAUAAAAUGCUCAUAUGUGGACAGCAGAUAAGAACAGGACCUGCUUUGGGUGUGAUGUACAAGUGUGGGCAAAUAGCCUAGCAAUACCCAUUUACUUCAUAGGAAAAAUGGGCACCAGGGGUGCGGUGCUGGUUGGCAUCCAGUGCCUAUGGAACUGCACUGCAGCUGUAAUCGCCAGCUGCUAGAGAUUAAACAAGAAAAAAUAACAUUUUUCUUUUGGGGGUUGGAAUAUAGGGAGUGCUAAAACAAUUGUGGCAUUACAUCAGCAAUCCACAGUACGUGUGUUGACAUUUGUAAUCCAGUCAUGCACAGGUAAAGGCACAAGUAACACCUUCAUUUGAAAAUAUUUCUUCAACCUCACUACUACACAGGACAUCAUCUAUCCUGUGCCCAGCUGCACCAGUGUAAAGUCUCUGCAAUGUUACUUGUUGUCAAAGAUUCUUUGAUUUUGCAAUUUCAUCACUGCACGAUAUAAUGGAUCAGAAUAUGCUCUGGCUUCAUGUGUGUAAUGGCAUGGCAUGGAUCAUAGGGCACUCUCUAUUUGGCAUGCACAGAACCACACACUUUUGUGAAUGGGGGACCGCAACCUGGGAUGGUGUGUUUUGUAAAUUGGGAAUACAGUGUUUUUGCAUUGUUCUGUUUGUGUGGCUCUGUUGAGAAUGCCACAGCUCAUCUGUAAAAAGCAGUGAACGUGAUAUGUUUAUACAUACAAAUUAAAUAAUGAAACAUUAAA